UCCCUCCGAGGAGAAACGAAACCAAACAUUUGCUUCCUGUUUCCUUUUCUCGGCCAACUUGAAUCCUCACAAAAAGAAAAAUGUCCACGGAGCAGCACGAGCCCGGCGUCCAGCUGGACCAGAACCAGUUCUGCUGCCCGGUGUGUCUGGACCUGCUGAAGGAGCCGGUCACCGUCCCCUGUGGACACAGUUACUGCAGACGCUGCAUCGAGGACUGCUGGGACCAGGAGGACAAGAAGGGACAGUGCAGCUGUCCUCAGUGCAGGGACACGUUCAGCCCGAGGCCGGUUCUGAAGAGGAACACCAUGCUGGCUGAGUUGAGGGGGUUAGGAGCAAAGGUGGAGCUGGUGGAGAAGCUGAAGAGGAGCGGCCCCCAGCAGCCCUCUGCCCCUCUGGCCCGUGCCGGCCCACACGACGUGGCCUGUGACUUCUGCAGCGGCGCCGGACCCAACAAAGCCACCAUGUCGUGCCUGACGUGCAUGGCGUCCUACUGCCCGGCUCAUCUGGAGCCUCACCGCCGCGUCCCCGUGUUGAAGAAGCACGAGCUGGUCUCCGUCACCAUCCCGCUGCAGGAAAAGAUGUGCGAGAAGCACAACAAGCUGGUGGAGGUCUACUGUCGGACGGACAGGAAGUGCAUCUGCUACUUGUGCGUUAUUGAUGAGCACAAGGGCCACGAUACGUUGUCGUCUGCAUCGGAGAGGGCCGAGGAGCAGAAACAACUGCUCGCGAGUCAAAAGAAAGUCAAGCAGAGGUUCCAGAAGAGAGGGAAGGAGUUGAAAGAGCUGCUACAAGUUUUGAAGAAUUUCAAGAGUUCUUUCGAGCCCGCAGAGAAGACCUGUGACGAGAUCUUCGAUGAGAUGAUCCGCUCCGUCCAAAAACGCCGCGGUGAGGCCAAGCAGUUGAUCGGCGCCCAGCGAGAGGCGGCGGUCGCUCGGGCCGAAGAGCUGCAGCUGCAGCUGGAGACGGAGAUGAGCGAGAUGAAGAAGAGGGACAAUGACCUGGAGCUGCUGUCUCGCACCGACGACCACAUCCACUUCAUUCAGACUUUCCAGUCCCUCUCCACCUUCGGGGAAUCUGCAGACUUGCCAGCUGUGUUAGUCUUCUAUCCUCAACACGCAUCCUUCAAGCCUGUGACCGACUGCCUGUUUAAACUGAAGGAUGACAUGGAGAGCCUUCUGAAGGACGCAUGGCCCACAGUCUGUGCCAGAGUGUCUGCUAUAGAAGUUGUGCCACCUGUGCCAAAGACCAGAGAGGAGUUUUUACGCUGUUUCUGCUUUGUUCUUCCUUCAGAUCGCUGUCCUCUGACCCUGGACAGGAACUCCAUCUCCCAAUAUUUGACCAUUUCAACAGACAACAGGCGGGCGACAAGUACUUAUAAGAAUGAUUAUUAUGAGAAUAAGCGUUAUGGUUAUAAUAAUGCUUAUCAAGCACCAAUUCCGAUCAUGCAGGUGUCGUGCAGUGAGGGUUUGUCAGAGCGGUGCUACUGGGAGGUCAGUUGGAGUGGUAGUACUUGGUCUGUGGGAGUGUUAUACAAAGACAGCAGCAGGUCACAGAACCUGGAGUUUGGAACCGAUACCAAGUCGUGGAGUUUAACUUGCUCCCCAAAUUCGUUCUCUUUCCAACACAACAACAAAAGCAAGCAGUGCUUGGUACGUCGUUCUCUCUCCAGCGUCGGCGUGUACCUGGAUUAUAAACUAGGUACCCUGUCUUUUUAUGACAUCUCCUACUCGAUGACUCUGCUCCAUGAAGAACACGUCAGGUUCACUGAGCUGCCUUAUCCUUGCUUUGAGCUGAAGGGCAGUCAGAACAAUCUCACAGGACAUUUCGUAGAAGUGAAAAAGUUAUGGUAAUAACGUUUACAUUGGGGAUGUACUGUAUAAUGUGCCACUGUUGAUCUGUUGAUAUAGUUAAUGACAGGAUAUUAUUUUACAAGAAGAAAGACCUUUUAAAUUAACUCUUCCAUCCGCCUUGCUUCUCUUUAAGGUCUUGCCGCCUUUCAAAAGACAAAUCUAAUUGAUUUCUACAGCACAGAUAUUUAGUGGUUUUCAUGGAAACAGAAGAGGCACCAGAAUGGAGCCUUGGGGAACUAUGAAUGUGUCUGUCUGCUUGCAUAAUGCAGUUCAGUCACUGUGCAGAAAGUCACACCCAGUUUUCAACUCGGCCUCGAAAUCUAAUAAUAGUAAGAAAGGAAUGCACCCCGUCUUUGUUUAAGGGGAUUUAACUGAAGACAAUAGCAGUACCUGGAUGACGAAGUUCUAUUUUUGAGUUCCCGUUUUCUCUGUAGCUUUUCACCACAGGAAAUUCAACCAGAAAUACCGGCCGGUGUGAUACAUGUCUAUUGUAAUUUGGAGCAUUUAUGGGUUGAAGAAUAUGUUUUGGAUCCAUACGUUAAUAAAGGGAUAUGC